UUCAUUCCUUCAUUACCUGACGAACUGCCUAUUACAAAUGGCGAGACCAUCCAAAUCAUACAAGAAUUUGACGAUGGGUGGGCUUUGUGCGUCAAUGGCAGAGAAGAGCAAGGCAUGGUGCCUCUAGAAUGUUUGGAGCGUGUGACAUCGUCUUCCGGC